UUACAUAUUUAUGUGCUUAAGUAUAAUUAAAUACGAGAAACGUUAACGAUUAAGUGUCGUAGGACAUAGGACAUAUCAUAUAACAUAGUUAUCAUUUUUCCUGAUAACUGAAUAUUCAUAAUAAUAAUUCUCGAUAAAAUACCAAAUCAGUAUUAAUAUUUGAUUUAUUCCUACGCUUAUCUACGGCUUUAAUCAUGUCUUUGGUAAUGUUCGAAUCUUUGGGAGCAAAGGUAGCUAUGUUCGACCAGUAUGCAAACAAGCACAAAGACGCACAGAGCAAAAAUCCAUUUACAUCUGGCUUGAAUAUUGAAAAACCUAAAUUUUCCAAAGACGAAUAUGGCAGACCAACUGCGGGAUCUCUUUCGGAUAUACGCGGUCGAAAAGCUAACGUACAUAUUCUUCGAGAAAUUUUGGAAUUAUGCGAUGUCAUUCAUCAAAAUGGUACGCCAUGUCGUGAUCAACCGGACGUCAUCGGCAUCACGUUUGGCGAUCUCUUCAACAUUUACACUCAUAUCAGCGACAAAUGCGUUGGUCUUCUUUUAAGAGCCAGAAAACAGGGUAUCGUUGAAUUUGAGGGGGAAUGUCUUUUCCAGAGAAGGGACGACGAUGUGCCAAUAUUCUUGGUGAAGCCCAUUGGUGAAAUACGCGAGGACUUUAAAAGACGGAUUGAAGAAAUCGCUAAAGAAAUACCGAUCAGUUAAUAAAUAAGAAAUACCGAAUGAAUGUCUACCGAAUGCGAUGCUCUUUCAUCGAUGUCUCUAUUGGUGUUUUUCCUGUCAGAGAAUUCUCAUUCAGUACAUUCGUUCGAUAUACACUAUUGUAUUUAUUGUAUUUGUAAAAUGAUUCGCGACGUGCCAAUGGAAAAUGUUAAUGACCGUGCGUGCGUGAGUGCGAUUCGAUGUAAAUAUUACGCGAUAAACUCGAUUCGUUUAAUGUGAUAUUACGCCUAAAUAGAUUAUUCGAGAUGAAUGAAUUUUGACUAAACUUGCGUAGAUGUUUUCGAGAGAGAGAGAGAGAGAGAGAGAGAGAGUGCAUGCAUGCGUGAAAAGAAUGGCAGAGUUUCAAGGUAAUUGCAUAAUUUAUAAUUGUAUAUACAGUCACUUUACAAUGCACAGUGUACUUUGUUACAUAGUGUAGCUUCUUCAGUAUUUAGGACAGAUAGCGCCAAAAAUGGUCGCGUGUUAACGACGGUAUCCAAAGUAAAAAAACUAAUUAAGACGUGUGCAUUCUUGUCCUGUGUAGAUUAUUCGUGAUUGGCGUGAAUGUUGUUGUCCACACGAAAAUAUCUUGCGACGUUUAUCCGUUUAAGGAGUCGAACCGCGAACGCAUCUUCUGAAUUUUCUUCUCUCUUCUUCGAUUUUCCCUUUUCAGCCUCUAACGUUGGAAGUACUUAAAAAAUUGAAAAUCAUCCAAGGAACACCAUGACCGUGAUCAAGAAUUGGAUUGGCAGUAAGCUUAUAAGUUAAGUUAGAUCUUUUUUUGUAUUGUUCGCACGCUUGCUUGUUCCUGCUCUCGAAUCGUUAA